UGAAUAUUGGCCGAGUGGAGAUACAGCAUAUGAUACCACUCAAGUUACACGCAAGCAUGAACAGAUCAUAAAGAGGGGCGCGUCCCAGUGUCGAGUUGCAUGUUUCCCGCAGCGCAUUUACAUCGUCAGCAAAAUGGCUUCCCCAGCUGCUCAACCAACAGCUGAACGUGCUGAAAGCCCGCCUGAUGUACCUGUCGUACUAGAAGCAGAAGUACCAUACCCAACACUAUAGAUAAAAUGGUGGCUGAUGAAGAGUAGGACGAUGGCGGAGACACUGAUUCGACAUUGGACCUCGGAGAGGGUUCUUCCAGUUAUAUGACAUCUCUCAAAUCAAGCAUCUUUAGCUACAGAUAUGAGCACGGCCGUCGAUAUCAUGCAUUCCAUGAAGGAGCAUACUUAGUGCCAAACGACGACGAAGAGCAGAACCGCAUGGAUCUGGUCCAUCAUAUCUAUAGUCUUCUUCUAGCAGGGAAGCUGCAUACUGCCCCAAUUGACAAUCCCCAACGCGUCCUUGAUCUGGGCACAGGUACUGGCAUCUGGGCAAUCGAUUUUGCAGAUGAGCAUCCUUCAGCCGAAGUAGUCGGGACAGAUCUGAGCCCCAUCCAGCCGGACUGGGUUCCUGCCAACUGCGUUUUUGAAGUCGAUGACUUUGAAGACCCGUGGGUUUACAAGAAGCCGUUCGACUACAUCCACGCUCGAGAGCUUGAAGGAUGCAUCGGCAACGAGCAGCAGUUCUUUGAUCGCGCGUUCGAAAACCUCAACAGCGGCGGUUAUCUCGAACUCCAAGCCCAGCGUGGUUUCUUCAUGUCAGACGAUGACUCGAUCAAGAAAGCUGUGAAUGCAGAGGUCUGGGCUGAAGCAGUUCGCGACAGCAGUAGCAAAUUUGGAAAGCCUAUCGACUGCGCCAUGAACUGGAAAGAAAAAGUGAUAAAGGCGGGGUUUGUGGAUGUUCACGAAGAAGUCAGAAAGAUUCCAAUUGGUGCCUGGCCUAAAGAUCCUGUCCUGAAGGAAGUUGGCAAAUGUCAGGUUGUUCAGUCUUGUGCAGCCAUUGACUCGUACACUCCAAUGCUGCUGGAAAAGGUCCUUGGAUGGUGCAAAGAGGAAACCCAGGUCCUUAUGGCGAAGGCGAAAGGGGAGCUCCGAAACCCCUCUAUUCAUCUAUAUCUUCCUGUCUAUUUCAUCUGGGGGAGAAAGCCAUAGGAGUCCGACCUCUGGCUGUCAGUACUGGGGAGGACAUGAUUUUGAAUAGUACAAGUGAUGCGAAAGGCAAAUUAAAAGUUCAAAUAAGUCCACUGAAUUAUAUAGGUAACUUACGUUGCGCAAAUCGUGACGAGAAAACGGGCUGCACUCGCAAGCUCUCCGCUUGUCGUCUUCGGCUUCGCCCGACCAUGUUCAACGUAUGGAUGCCAAUAAUCUUUACCAUGGCCACGAAGCCAUUGCCGAG